UUCAACGUGUUAGCAUACAUUCAUCCAAAAGGACAAAUCGUCAAACAAAAUGGCUCGUACCAAGCAGACCGCUCGAAAAUCCACCGGAGGAAAGGCGCCCCGCAAACAGUUGGCCACAAAAGCCGCUCGUAAAAGUGCCCCCUCGACAGGAGGCGUCAAGAAGCCCCAUCGUUAUCGGCCUGGAACCGUUGCCCUGCGUGAGAUCCGUCGCUACCAGAAAUCAACGGAGUUGUUGAUCCGCAAGCUGCCAUUCCAGCGACUGGUGCGUGAAAUCGCUCAAGAUUUCAAGACCGAUUUGCGCUUCCAGAGUGCAGCUGUCGCUGCUUUGCAGGAAGCCAGUGAAGCGUACCUGGUGGGAUUGUUCGAGGACACCAAUCUGUGCGCCAUCCACGCCAAGCGCGUUACCAUCAUGCCGAAGGAUAUCCAGCUGGCUCGCCGUAUUCGCGGAGAGCGAGCCUAAAUGGGAGUUUCGCUUGUGGAGUUCCAAAAACAAAAACGGUCCUUUUCAGGACCAACCAGAUGUGUUUCGAAAGAGUUAUUGUGAAGUUUUCCUGUUCUUUUUCACUGAGUUUGUCCCUUUCUACAAUUUGUGCAAACAAUUUAAUCACAACAUCGUUUGUGUUUUUGUUAAAGUUCAGAUACUGCAAUGUUUCAGGCACACCAACCGAUUUUCCAAUAUUCCAUUCUUUAUGCUUCUCAACGUUUUUGUAUAGUAUAUAUUGCUUUGAGGGAUCAGAAUCAGAAUGUUGAAUCAAACCAAAACGAGUUAAUAUCGAUGUACCAAAGACAUGUUAUAUAUAGGGUAGCGUCUUCAUAUGUAUAGGUAACUUUUAAUGGAAAGGGAGUAAUAAUGUGAAGUUUAGUCCGACGAGGGUCGUUAAAAUGGAUGAAUGCAUCUUUUGAUUCGCUGUUUCACAUAGCUACAUAAAAAAAGACACUUCAGAGUUUGAAAAAGAGGAAAGGGAUAAAUAUUAGUCGUAAGAUAAAGAAUAUUUUAGACUUAAAUUAGGUCUGCGUGUUAAUGGCAAUGAAUUUUGGAAUUAUUCAAAUUCUAGUAUUUAUCCGCAGAAAAAGGAGCUUGUUAGUUGAACAUUAAAAUAAGUUUAAAUUCUAUAUUGCUCUGAUUCGCUAGGAUAGGAUAGAAAUAGAAAUUUGAUAUGAGUGCUUAUACCCUCGGGUAGGAAAUGCUGAGAAGCUCUGAGCGAAAAUGUAAAGUGGGUAUAAUCACUUCCAGAAUUGUUUUUAAGUGCAAAUCGAUAAUAAAACAAUUGAAGUCGACAUCGGCGAAACUCUUACCUGUUUAUUCACAAGUUGUUUAGUUUAGAAACAUAACUGAAGGCAGUGAAUCAUUCUCGUUUCACCUGAAAAGGAAAUGAAAUUCGAAAACUUGAUGACGAUAAAACUGAGAUGGGGGAAAAAUUGGUGAAUACACUAAUCUCAAAAGCUUUACCUAUCGAUCUUGAAAUCAUUUGAUAAAAGACGGA